ACCAACCUCUCGCAGUUCUCCCUCGCAGCAGAUCAACGACAGACAACCAUGGCACCCUCCGCUACAGCGAUCACACCCACGAGCAACGGCAAGUACGCCGUCGUGAAGAACGGACAUACCAACGGUCGCGAGAACGGUCACAGGAAUGGGAGCGUGCACCUCAGUUCAGCGGAUGUCUUCCACCUUGAGCACGAGUAUGGCGCACACAAUUACCACCCGCUUCCGGUUGUAUUCGAGUCCGCGAAGGGCGCGAAAGUAUGGGAUCCGGAAGGCAAGGAGUAUAUUGACAUGCUUUCAGCAUAUUCUGCCGUGAACCAGGGUCAUUGUCACCCGCGAAUAGUUGCAACGCUCGUAGAGCAGGCGCAGAAGCUUACCCUAUCUUCCCGAGCAUUCUAUAACUCCGUCUUCGGAAAAUAUGCUCAGAAGGUUACUUCCAUGUUUGGCUACGACAUGGUUCUCCCCAUGAACACGGGUGCUGAAGCCGUCGAGACGUCCAUCAAGCUCUGCCGAAAGUGGGCAUAUGAGAAGAAGGGUGUCCCCGCAGGCGAAGCGAUCGUCCUCAGCGUCGCAGGCAACUUCCAUGGCCGAACUAUUGGUGUUAUUAGCAUGAGCACCGAUCCGGAGAGCCGCACAGGCUUUGGGCCGUACUUGGAGGGUGUCGGUCCCACCUUUGUUGACAACGGCCCUACCAGGACUAUCCAGUUUGGUGAGAUCUCAGACCUGGAGCGUGCCUUGGAACUCCAUGGCUCGAGGGUCGCGGGUUUCCUCAUCGAGCCUAUUCAGGGCGAGGCUGGGAUCGUCGUCCCCCCUGCAGGGUACCUAGUGAAGGUUCGCGAGCUUUGCACGAAGCACAAGGUGCUCCUGAUCUGUGACGAGAUCCAGACGGGUCUCUGCCGCACUGGCAAGAUGAUGGCGUACGAGUAUGACAACAUCCGACCUGACAUCGUCCUUCUCGGCAAGGCUUUGUCAGGAGGAAUGUAUCCCGUAUCUGCGGUCCUUGCUGACCGCGACGUUAUGCUGUGCAUCCGUCCCGGUGAGCACGGAAGCACCUAUGGCGGCAAUCCGUUAGGCUGUGCGGUCUCUAUGACGGCCUUGGACGUUCUGGUCGAGGAGGACCUCGCACAGAGGGCGUACGAUCUGGGUGUGAAAUUCCGUUUUGGAAUCUCCGCGAUCAAGUCGCCCUUGAUAAAGACUGUCCGCGGUCUCGGUCUGUUGAACGCCAUAGUCAUCGAUGAAGAGAAGAGCAUUCGCAAAAGGACUGCCUGGCAGCUUUGCUUGCUUCUGAAGAGUCGCGGGGUGCUCGCGAAGCCGACGCAUGUCAACAUUAUCCGCUUUGCUCCGCCCCUGAUUAUUUCCGAAGAAGAUUUAAUGAAGGCUGUCAAGAUUAUCGGCGAAUGUCUUGAGGAUCUCGACAAUCUUGAUGUAAUUCCGGGCGAGGUCGAGAGUGAGAAGGGGUUCAAGGAGGUUCUUGACGACUAGAGCUACCGCUUGCUUGCAUAUCUCUCGGUUUACGUCGCUGUCCUGCGUCCGAAUCAUGCUCUGUAUUACUAAUCCCCUGUAGCAUUCCUGUAUAGUUCUAAUCAGCAUGCCGAUGGUUACUCCAUC